CAACUCUUGAUAUCAACAUUAACAACGAGGUUUAUCGCAGAUUUCAACAUGCGGGCGCUAAUACUAGUUUUCUUCAUGACCACUGUGACAACCAUUUUGGGCCAUCGGUAUAACAUUCAUCAACAUUCAAAGCCAUCAAUUCAGACAAUCUGUAAUGAGGCAAAACAGAGAGGCCUUUGCCUUUUCUACGAUCAUUUUAAGCAAUUUGUCAAGGGUAACAUCAAGCGACUGAACCGAAAAUGCUGCAGUUACAGCGAUGCAUCGAAAACGGCAUAUAUUGUAACAAAUAGUGGAGACAAAAUUGUUAAGACCUGUAAUGGAUUUUUUACGCCAAUGGAAUUUGAUACUUGUGAAAUAAAAGGAGAAAACUUCUGCCCGAAAUGCUGUAAAGUGCCUGUCUGUGAACCUAAUCCUUGUGAAAAUGGUGGUACGUGUUCACCAAUUGAUAACAGUUACAGCUGUAAUUGUCCUACUGGUUUUUUCGGUAAACUCUGUGACGUAAAUAUCUGUGAUGUAGACAACCCCUGUUUAAAUAAUGGCACUUGUUAUCCAUCAGAAGGUGGUGUGAGUUGUAACUGUCCUCCUACAUUUCCAGGAAUCUUUUGCGAGAAGAUUGAUUGUAAUUUUGAUGAUAGUUACUGUGCAUUCCAACAGACGAUUGACAAUUCUCUUCUUUGGUUAAGAAACAACGGCCCAACACCCACAAAUAGGGCAGGACCCCAAAGUGAUCCUACAGGCGAUGGAUCGUACAUAUAUAUCGAGGCAUCCCUGGGAGACACAAUUAAUCAGACAGGGAGGAUAGAGAGUCCAGAAAUUAUCCAAUUGACAUCUACACAAUGUUUGGCGUUCAUGUAUCAUAUGUUUGGAGAUGAUAUGGGGGUUCUCAACGUGUAUAUCAAAACAAAGCAGGCGGGAUUGGGGGAUGCUGUAUGGACAAGAGCUGGUGACCAGGGUGAUGUUUGGAGACAAAGCUAUGUAAAUAUUUCAGGAAUACCAUCUUCAUAUUCGAUUGUAUUCGAAGGAGUUAGAGGAUCUGGCAUAAGAUCAGAUAUGGCUAUAGAUGAUGUUAUAUUUGUCGAGGGAGGAUGUCCAGGAGUUUAAGCUUGCGCAGAUCGGCUGCGUUAACGACAUGGUCAGCAUCGUUAUUCUGAUUACAUAUGGAGAUAUGACUUUGUUACUCUGGUUAUUAUGUAUGGAGAAAUCCCUUCCAUAUUUGCUUAUUAUUAUUAUUAUUAUUAUCAUCAUAUUGAGAAAUCCCUUUCCUAUUUGGGUCAUUACUAUUAUUAUCGCUUGGCUUUAUUUUUGCUCUUAUUAUUAUUAUUAUAUGGAGAAACCCCUUCGCUACUUGAUUUUAUUAUUAUUAUUAUUAUUAUAUUGAGAAACCCCUUCUCUGUUUGUGUUUUAAUAUUAUUAAUAUUAUUUUAUGGCUAUUUGGGUUAUUUUGAUAUAUGGUGAAGUUACUACGUUUUUGGGUUAUUAUUAUUAUUAUUAUUAUAUGGAGAAAUCUCUUUCCUUUUGUUCAUACUGGACAAAAUUAGUUUAUUAUUUACGACGGCUCAGUCGGUAGUAUAAUAAUAUCGCAAAGUGUAACAAUUAAUAAUAUAAUGUAAUUUUGUGAUGUAUUACACGAAUGAAAUUGUCAUGAAAUACAGGUUUUAAAACUGUAUUCUGCUCACACAUCGGUCCCUUACCUAUUUUCUGCAAACAUUAACCCUACCCUGGGUCGUGAGUUAAUAAGUGGCUGAGUAUUUCUACUGAGAGACAAUACUAAUAUAUUGUUAUUCCAGAUUCGGUUACAUUUAAUACAAUUCACCAUAAAAAGUACCUUGUUAUUAUUUGGUUGUUAAUAUGUUAGUUCUAUCUUAUAAAAUUCUGUACAUCUUUUGCUAAGAAUAGAAUAUUUGUAUCUCUCUCAUGAAACAGUCGUUGUAAUUAUUGACACUAGCCACCAGAAGUAGAAAUUAUCUGCCUUUUGUUUCUGUAACGAAGCUCCCAUUUUCAUUGGCACAGAUAGACGUUUAACCCAUUUAAUUUAAUCUGGUUUUGUAACGGAACAACUGACCUUAAAU